UAACUCAAUGGGGAUUUUUGUAUUACAGCAUUACAGUAUUGCUCAGAUUGUCAUUUCUACGCAACAUUGAUUCGUCCACCGUCAUUAUGCUGCUGGCUGCAGUAUGUAUUUGACAAAGCUUUGAUCGGACGCGGUUCGAUCAGCACCACCAGCCAGCGACGACGCCGAUGACGACGUGACAAACGCUCUUCGAAGGGGGCCUUUUUCCCACCACACCGUCACCUUUGUUGGGCUAGUUAUGUUAGAGACGACAGAUAGACGCCCGUCGAGAAGAUCUUCAUUUUUGGGCGGCUUCAACGCAGCGUGCGCUAGCAUCUAACGUUCAGUUCCGAUUCAAAUCUCGCCGCGUGCGCGUAACCGAGCCACUAAGCGUGAAGAAAGGCGUAAAGUCCAGCUGUGAAGUGGAUAAAGAAAUUGUGUGGAGAGUUAAGCUUAAUUGUUGGGUGAUCAAUUUUCAUAAGAAACAGAAGAGAAACAAGUGCGUGUCACUAACCUUGUGCAAAUCUGACAAAACCAGAAGAAAAAAACAAAGUUUCAUUAAGCUCAGUUAUGAUUGAUUAGCUCCAAGAAGCAGACACAGGCUCAACGAUGGAUGUGUAUCUGAAGAAUCACGCCACAGCAGCAGCAAAGAUCGCCAGUUUGUUCAGUUUUCUUUCGCCGGUAACGACCGUGAUUCUAGUUAUGAUGGUUUGUGCAAUCGUUACCUACAGGAAGCGAAGGGCCCGGCUGGUGUACCACAUCAACAGGAUUCCCGGCCCAUUUAUGUUGCCCAUCAUCGGCAAUGGGCUGCAUGUUUCCCUGGGGUGCAAGGAUGAGUUCCUCGAUCGGAUCGUUAGCGCUCAGAAGAUGUACGGACGCCGGAUCGGUAUGAGCCGUGCCUGGAAUGGACCCAUCCCCUAUGUGAUGAUAUCGAAAGCCAGCGCCGUCGAGCCCAUACUGAGCAACCCCAAGCUGGUGGAGAAAAGCGUCGAUUACGACUACAUGAAGCCCUGGCUGGGCAAUGGGCUGCUCACAUCCCGAGCCAGCGUGUGGCACCCGCGGAGAAAGACCUUGACGCCGGCAUUCCAUUUCAAAAUUUUGUCCGAAUUUGUCAACAUCUUCCACAAGCAAGCGCUGGUCAUGAACGAGAAACUUGCGGAACAGUUGGACAAUCAGGGCGGAUUCGACAUCGUACCCUUCACAACUCUGUGUGCUUUGGACAUUUUUUGCGAAACCGCCAUGGGGUGCGCUGUGAAUGCCCAGAAGAACUCCGACUCGGAAUACGUGCGAGCUCACAAACAGAUCGGCAAGAUCAUCCGGAAUCGCCUGCAGAAAGUUUGGCUCCGGCCGGACUUCAUCUUCAAGCACACCGCAGAGUACCGAAAGCACCAGGAGUGUCUGCAGGUGCUACACAGCUUCUCGGAUCGGGUGGUUCAGGAGCGUAAGGCCGAGAUCGUUGCCAAGCGACGUCAAGUCGAAGACCUAAUCGACCUGAACAAUAAUGGCCCCGCGGAAGAUUCCAUUGAUUGCUGCAAGAAGAAGCAACUGGCUUUCCUCGAUCUCCUGAUCGAGGGUUCCUUGGAUGGUAGCGGUUUGACCGAUUUGGACGUCCGAGAGGAGGUUGACACAUUCGUUAUAGGAGGCCAUGACACGACGGCUGCUGCGAUGGCCUGGAUCCUACUGCUGCUGGGAUCGGACCAAGCGAUUCAAGAUCGAGUUAUCCACGAAAUCGACGAGAUCAUGAAUGGUGAUCGCGAUCGCAGACCAACCAUGCAGGAACUCAACGAUAUGAAGUAUCUCGAAUGCUGCAUCAAGGAAGGACUUCGACUGUAUCCAAGUAUUCCGCUGAUCGCUCGCAGACUGACGGAAGACGUCCAGGUUGACGACUACAUCAUUCCGUCGGGAACGACGACCAUGAUCGUGGUGUAUCAACUGCACCGAGACCCUACCGUUUUCCCCAACCCGGACAAGUACAAUCCGGAUAAUUUCCUGCCGGAGAACUGUAGCGGACGGCAUCCGUACGCUUACAUACCUUUCAGUGCCGGCCCGCGGAACUGUAUCGGUCAAAAGUUUGCGAUCCUCGAAGAAAAAAUGGUUCUAUCGACGGUGCUCCGCAAAUUCCGCAUCGAAGCCGUUGAGCGCCGAGAAGAUGUCAAACUGCUGGGUGACCUGGUGCUACGACCUCGUGAUGGUCUUAAAAUAAGAGUCAGCCGAAGACAAUAGACUGUAACACACACAAUCCACCCAAGAACUAUUAGCUUUAAUGACGUCCAAAGCCGUCCCCACCGUGUACAACAGAAUCGAUUGUAGUAGGUAUCACUUGGCUAUGCACAAAUCAAUCAACGUCGACGAAUCAAUAAAAUAUGCAUUUUAUAUUCAUUC